UGAACUUCAGUCUAGAUUGCAACCUCCUUCCUCUGUCCAACAUCUGUGAAGUAUUUGACGAUCUGAGGACGGAAGUUUCAAAAUUAACAGAUGAAGGGCUUAUGCCUAAAAUGUCAACUUUCCUGCUCUUCGGAUGCUGUCUGACCAGCUGUGCUCUUCCAGCACCGCACGUUUCAGCACGGACUGUUCAGUAACUACAAUCCUCACUUUGUCAUCAAUAUCUGACGGUCAGUCAAUCCAUCGAGACUGCAAUAAUUUUUUACUGUGAUUCUAUGAGGAAGAGCAAAGCUUUUUGGUUCCUGUUUGAGUACGUUUUCAGCAUCAGUCGGACUGGAUGAGAGACCCGACUGUUGCAGCGCACUUGAGUGUGAAGCCAGAAACAGCUCUACGGCCUGGAAAGAGGAAUUCACGGUGAGGAGGGGCUCUACACGCAUUUGUGUACAGCUGGAGCUUCGGCCAUGGAGAAACCUGAGGAAUCCCACCCCGAGGAGGAAUCGUGGAAGUGUGGUGACUGCGGGAAAGGCUUCCGUGCUCCAUCUGCCCUGGAGAUUCAUCGGCGCAGUCACACCGGAGAGAGGCCAUUCAUCUGCCCCAAGUGUGGGAAGGCCUUCAGCAAUUCCUCUGCCCUUAUGAGGCACCGGUGGGUCCACACAGGGGAGAGGCCCUUCAGCUGCCCCGAUUGUGGGAAGGACUUCAGCUAUUCUUCUGACCUGCAGACCCAUCGACGGGUCCACACGGGGGAGAGGCCGUUCUCCUGCACUGUGUGUGGGAAGGCCUUCAGCACCUCCUCCACCCUCCUGACCCACUGGCGGGUCCACACUGGGGAGAGGCCAUUCACUUGUUCUGAGUGCAGGAAGGGAUUCACUCAGGAGGGCAAGUUGCGGAUGCACCAGCGGGUCCACACUAGGGAGAAGCCUUUCAGCUGCCCCGAGUGUGGGAAGGCCUUCAACGAUUCCUCUUCCCUUCAGACCCACAAGUGGGUCCACACGCAGGAGAGGCCGUUCCCCUGCACAGAGUGCGGCAAGCUCUUCAGCAAUUCCUCCACCCUGCUGAAGCACCAGCGGGUCCACACAGGGGAGAGGCCCUUCAGCUGCCCCGAGUGUGGGAAGGGCUUUACCCAGAUGUCCGUCCUGCUGAUCCACCAGCGGAUCCACAUCGGUGAGAAGCCUUUCUGCUGCCCUGAGUGUGGGAAGGGAUUCACUCAGAAGGGCAACUUGCGCACGCACCAGCGGGUCCACACCGGGGAGAGGCCCUUCAGCUGCCCCAAGUGCGGAAAUGCCUUCAGCGAUUCCUCCACCCUACUGAAGCACCAACGGGUCCACACGGGGAAGAAGCCAUUCCCCUGCCCCGAGUGUGGGAAGGCCUUUAGCAAUUCCUCCGACCUGCUGAAGCACCAGCGUGUCCACACGGGGGAGAGGCCCUUCAGCUGCCCCGAAUGUGGGAAGGCCUUCAGCGAUUCCUCCGCCCUGGUGAAGCACCGGCGGGUCCACAGGGGGGAGAGGUCCUUCAGCUGCCCCGAGUGUGGGAAGGGCUUUACCCGGGCAGCCACCCUGCGGAGGCACCAAGGAGUUCAUGUGCCAUCACAGGGGGAUUGAAGGAGCGACUGCCGAGUGCCAUUAUGGACUGGGCUAUCAACCCAGUUCUGGAACUCCCAGGUUUGAAUCCCACCGCAGCAGAUCGCGGAUUUGGAAUUUGGACAGAAAUCUGGAGGUCAGAAUCUAACAAUGAAACCAUCGAGCGGGGUGGGGGGAAGCCCCAUUCUGAUUCAGUCACGUCCUUUUUAGGGAAGGAAACUGGUGUUGUGGCAAAGGAUUCACUCAGUCGUCCCAGCUGCAUCCUUUCCCUGGUCUGGCCUACACGUGACUGCAGACCUACAGCAGUGUAGUUGACUCCACCUGCUUCCUCCCACUUCUUUCCCUCCCCGCAGAUGGGCGGGGAGAAACUUACUUGGAGACAGGGUAUGGGUUGAAAUCGCUGAGUGAGGCAAUACUUCCUCCGGGUUAAGGCUGUAACAAAGAUCCAAUUACAAAGGGACAAGUCAGUGGUGACCAACAGUAAAGAAAGUGGAGGGUGGGGAGGGGUGCUUUGACCUUGAGCUGUUUAAAAAGCAGCUACUUUUUCAACACCUUUUUGCUGAGGUGAUCUGGAGCUGUAACAAAGUUGGGUUGCAAUGAAGGUAACCUGAACUCUCUGGACGAGCUGACCAAGGCCCGCGAGUCCUUCGAAAAGAAUAAAACUCCCGGAAGCUACGGCUUACCGGUCGAGCUCUAUUCCGCUCUGUGGGACUUGAUUGGCCAGGACCUGCUGGAGGUGUAUGUCAGUAUGCUUCGAGCAGGUACCGUGAGUGAAUCCAUGAGGAAAGGCAUCAUCAUCUUCAUCUACAAGCGGAAGGGGGAGAGGGAGGAACUCAAAAAUUGGAGACCAAUUUCACUGUUGAAUGCGGAUUACAAAAUCCUGUCAAAGGUAGUCGCCAACCGGGUCAGGUCUGCUCUGGGGUCGGUGAUUCACCCUGACCAAACCUGUGCUGUGCCAGGCAGGAAGAUCACUGAGAGUAUCGCACUCCUCAGGAAUACGAUCGCCUACAAGCAGAACAGAGGUUUGGACACCUGCCUGAUCAGCCUGGACCAGGAGAAAGCCUUUGACAGGAUAUCGCACAGGUAUAUGAGAGAUGUUCUCUCCAAAAUGGGCUUUGGGGAGGGAAUCUGCAAUUGGAUCAGACUGCUCUACACCAACAUUGUCAGUGCAGUCACGGUCAAUGGGUGGGAAUCAGAUAGCUUCCCAGUCCGAUCUGGAGUCAGGCAGGGCUGCCCUCUCUCUCCUGCCUUGUUUGUGUGCUGCAUAGAGCCAUUUGCCAAGUCUAUCAGGAAGGAUGCAAGCCUGAGAGGGGUGACUAUUCCUGGCAGCGGGGGCCUGCAGGUUAAGGCCUCCCUGUACAUGGAUGACGUCGCCAUUUUCUGCUCGGAUCCGUUGUCCGUGCGCAGACUCAUGUGCAUUUGUGACCAGUUCGAAUGGGCCUCGAGGGCCAAGGUAAACUGAGGCAAGAGCGAGGCCAUGCUCUUCGGGAACUGGGCCGACCAUUGCUUGAUCCCCUUCACCGUCAGGACCCACCACCUGAAGGUGCUGGGUAUUUGUUUCGGGGGAUCUGGGGCACGUGCCAAGUCUUGGGAGGAGCGUAUCAGCAAAGUGAGGCAGAAACUGGGCCGAUGGAAGCUACGGUCGCUCUCCAUCACGGAAAAAAACCUGGUCAUCAGGUGUGAGGCACUGUCAUUGCUAUUAUACAUGGCACAGAUCUGGCCUAUUCCCAGAAUCUGUGCCGCUGCAGUCACCUGGGCCAUCUUCCAGUUUAUAUGGUGAUCAAAGAUGGACUGGGUCUGAAGGGACUCGCUGUACAAAGAUCUGGGCAACGGGGGAAAAAAUACACCCAAUGCCACCCUCACCCUGAUGGCCACCUUUGUGUGUGGCUGCAUCAAGCUGUGCGUGGAUCCCCGGUACGCAAACACCAAGUGUCACUAUGUACUCAGGUUCUACCUGUCCCCGGUGUUGCGAAGGAUGGGCCUGGCCUCGCUGCCGCGGAACGCUCCGAGUAGUUGGACCGUUCCGUAUCACCUGUCCUUCGUGGAGAAGUUUAUGAAGAAAAACACCUUUGACCACAAGUCCAUCAGGAAGUGGUCAGCACGUAGUGUCCCUGAGACCCUUUGGAAAAGGAGAGGGCGGAUCCUAUCGAGCGGUUCCCUGAGCAGACUGUCAAAGCCAUUUGGCAGAAUGCCUCAUCGCCAGAACUUUCCAACCAGCACCAAGACAUGGCUUGGCUGGUGGUGAGAAGGGCUCUACCUGUGAGAUCCUUUAUGCACGCCCGGACUCUCUGCCGCACCGCACGCUGCCGUAGAAGCGGCUGCGGGGGUGGGGGUGGGGGAACGAGACUGUCACACACCUCCUUCUGGAAUGUGCCUACGCAGAGGAAGUCUGGAGAGGAAUGCAAGUGGUAUUUGUCGAGGUUCGUUCCGAGCAGCGCCGUGACGCGGGACUCCAUGCACUACGGCCUGUUCCCCGGGACGCACACCGAGACGAAUAUCAACUGUGCCUGGAGAAUCAUCAACUCGGUGAAGGACGCUCUCUGGGUGGUCUGAAACCUGUUGAUCUUCCAGCUGAAGGAGUUGACCCCGACUGAGUGUUGCAGACUGGCACAUUCCAAGGUCCAGGACUACGUGUUGAGGGAUGCGCUGAAGCUUGGGGCAGCUGCCACUAAGGCGCGGUGGGGAAAGACCACUGUGUAACUUCUGCCUGCCUAAUGAAGAACAGGGGGCCCAUGCAGUCAUUUGGGCUCUGCUGACACCUCAGCUCAAUAUAUGGGCAUAUGAUUGAAAAAUGUACAGACCUGUAUAUAAAAAUGAUAAAUCCUGAUCUUUGUAUGUAAAUGUUUACAUAUGUAUGGCAUGACCAACUGUACAGACCAUCAAAUUAUUUUAUGAAUAUAUUUUUGAAAUAAAAAAUUAUUGUAUCAGACAUGCGAGCUGUGCAAGGUUACCUUAUGACAUCUCCCACUUAGUUUAGACUGGCACUUCUUUAUAGGAACUUAUCUCGGCACCAGAUGCCUAACUCAGUUGGAUUUGUUUUUCCUACCUGAUGGAUAGCUCAAGGCCUGUAGGAGUGAUCAGUCAAGCACACACAGAUCUGUCAAUUAACUUCUCUUCCUUAUGGAUUAUUGUCUUUCACUGUUAUCUGUCUAAUUAAGAACAUGCAAUGUUUUUAUAAACUUUUGUAUAAAGGAAGCCACUUUGUAUCAGUACAUUGGAGUAGCCUGCUGGGGCACUUGAAGAGCUGCUACCCUACACUCCUAGGUUAUUAGAACCUAGUUAGUUUAGCGUAUGGUUAUCAAUGUUACAUUGUAACGGUGAUGCUACUAGUGAAUAAAGGGGAUGACUAAGAUUAAACUAAA